CGCUGCCGCCUAGGGGCCCCGGGCGCCAUGUUGGGGCCGAGUAGCAGAAGUGCUUGAAGCCGUGGUGCAGAGCGGUAGCGGGGUCGGACCAGGGCUGGUAGGAGCCCCGCCCCUCCCGCCUCAGCGGAUCAUGACCCGGGCGGUGGCCGCGGAGGUCGCGGUGGGGUGGGACGUGCCCUGGUGGGGCGGGCUCUGAAGAUGAUGCCGUUUCCGGUGACAACCCAGGGAUCACAACAGACGGCGCUGCCACAGAAGCACUAUGGCAUCUCCUCACCUAUCAGUCUAGCGGCCCCCAAGGACACUGACGGUUCACUUACCCAGAAAUUAAUCGAAACUCUGAAGCCCUUUGGGGUGUUUGAAGAGGAAGAGGAACUGCAGCGCAGGAUUUUAAUUUUGGAAAAAUUAAAUAAUCUGGUAAAGGAGUGGAUACGAGAAAUCAGUGAAAGCAAGAGUCUUCCACAAGCUGUAGUUGAAAAUGUUGGGGGAAAAAUUUUUACAUUUGGCUCUUACAGAUUAGGAGUACAUACAAAAGGUGCCGAUAUUGAUGCAUUGUGCGUUGCACCAAGACAUGUUGAUCGAAGUGACUUUUUCACCUCAUUCUAUGAUAAAUUGAAACUACAGGAAGAAGUAAAAGAUUUAAGGGCUGUUGAGGAGGCAUUUGUACCAGUUAUCAAACUGUGUUUUGAUGGGAUAGAGAUUGAUAUUUUAUUUGCAAGAUUAGCACUGCAGACUAUUCCAGAAGAUUUGGACCUAAGAGAUGACAGUCUGCUUAAAAAUUUAGAUAUUAGAUGCAUAAGAAGCCUUAAUGGUUGCCGGGUAACUGAUGAAAUUUUACAUCUAGUACCAAACAUUGACAACUUCAGGUUAACUCUGAGAGCCAUCAAAUUGUGGGCCAAAUGCCACAAUAUCUAUUCCAAUAUAUUAGGUUUCCUUGGAGGUGUUUCCUGGGCUAUGCUAGUAGCGAGAACUUGUCAGCUUUAUCCAAAUGCAGUAGCAUCAACUCUUGUACGUAAAUUUUUCUUGGUAUUUUCUGAAUGGGAAUGGCCAAAUCCAGUGUUACUGAAAGAGCCCGAAGAACAGAAUCUUAAUUUGCCUGUAUGGGACCCAAGAGUAAAUCCCAGUGACAGGUAUCAUCUUAUGCCUAUAAUUACACCAGCAUAUCCACAGCAGAACUCCACAUACAAUGUGUCUGUUUCAACCAGGAUGGUCAUGAUUGAGGAGUUUAAACAAGGGCUUGCUAUCACACAUGAAAUUUUGCUGAGUAAAGCAGAGUGGUCCAAACUUUUUGAAGCUCCAAGCUUCUUUCAAAAGUACAAGCAUUAUAUUGUACUUCUGGCAAGUGCACCAACAGAAAAACAACAUCUAGAAUGGGUAGGCUUGGUGGAAUCAAAGAUCCGAAUCCUGGUUGGAAGCUUGGAGAAGAAUGAAUUUAUUACACUGGCACAUGUGAAUCCCCAGUCAUUUCCAGCACCCAAAGAAAAUCCUGAUAAGGAAGAAUUUCGUACAAUGUGGGUAAUUGGGUUAGUGUUAAAAAAGCCAGAAAACUCUGAAAUUCUCAGUAUCGAUCUCACCUAUGAUAUUCAGUCUUUUACAGAUACAGUUUAUAGGCAAGCGAUAAAUAGUAAGAUGUUUGAGAUGGAAAUGAAAAUUGCUGCAAUGCAUUUAAGAAAAAAGGAACUUCAUCAACUACUGCCUAAUCAUGUGCUUCAGAAGAAGAGAACACAUUCAGCAGAAGGUGUGAGAUUGACAGUUUUGAAUGACAGCGGCCUUGACUUGUCUGUAGACAAUGAAAAUGGCGUUUCUGUACCUUCACCUCCUAGCACUAUGAAGAUUGGCUCAUUGACUGACAGCUCUCAGGGCAGAAACAGUCCUUCCCUGACUGUAAUGGCAGCACCUGUGACCCACAUACAGGCUACUGAAAUUUCCUUGCAACAAGUGAAUCCCAGUGAAAGCUCAAGGGUUGCAUUGAGUGAAAGUGUUCCUCAAACUGCCACUCCACCACCACCAAAACCCAUGGUCCCCAGAGUAGUUUCUUCAACAUGUCUGGUAAGCCAUCCACCCAGACCUUCAGGAAACACAGCAACAAAUAUACCUAAUCCUAUCAUAGGAGUCUAG